CAUGGGCUCGGCCGGCAGCGGGCAGGGGCAAGGGUAGGGCGGGGGGUGUCCCCGCGUCCCCCCGGUGCCCCCGCCAUGCGCCCCCGCGCAGCCCCGCGCCCCGCCCGCUGAGCCCCGCUCGCUGCCGCCCUCGCUGCCUCCGGGGGGGUGCGGGGCCGGCCCCUGCCCGCAACUUCGAACGAUGAUCACUGUCAACGCGGAUGGCAAGAUAAUGGUCAGAAGAUGCCUCGUCACCCUGAGACCCUUUAGGAUUUUCGUGCUGGGCAUUGGAUUUUUCACCCUGUGCUUCCUGAUGACGUCCCUGGGAGGGCAGUUCUCCGCCAAGCGCCUGGGGGACUCCCCGUUCACCAUCCGCACCGAAGUGAUGGGCGCGCUCGAGUCCCGAGGGGUGCUGCGCAGGAUGAGCGACAUGCUGGAGAUGCUGAUGAAGAGGAUGGACAUCCUGGCCAGGCUGGAGAACAGCACUGACUUCCACAAAGGGGAUGAAGCCCGGUUCCCUCUGGACAGGUUCCAGCCAGCAGCUGGGCUGAUGGAGAGGAUCCAGGCCAUAGCUCAGAACGUGUCGGACAUUGCAGUGAAGGUGGAUCAGAUUCUCCGGAACAGCCUCCUGAACGGGAAGGUGAUGGAAGGCAGGAGGGAUCAGUGUGAGGUGCCCAGGGACCCCAAGUACCCCGACUGUGCUGGGAAGGUGGAGUGGAUGAGGGCCCGCUGGACCUCUGACCCCUGCUACGCGUUUUUUGGCGUGGACGGCACCGAGUGCUCCUUCCUCAUCUACCUCAGCGAGGUUGAGUGGUUCUGUCCCCCCCUGCCCUGGCGGAACAGGACGGUGCCCGUGCCCUCACCGCCGCCGCCGCCGCCGCCGCAGGCAGCUUUCCGGAGGGACCUGGCUCGCCUGCUGGAGCUCAUCGGCACGGGCAAGGAGUCCCUGAGCUUCAUGAAGAAGAGGAUCCGGCACCUGGGCCAGCAGUGGCUGCGGGCGGCGCGGCGCCUGGAGCAGAGGCUGGCGGGACGGCAGCGGCACCAGAAACACAUCUUGGUCCAUAUUGGCUUCCUGACGGAGGAGUCAGGGGACGUUUUCAGCCCACGGGUGCUGAAGGGAGGCCCCCUGGGUGAGAUGGUGCAGUGGGCUGACAUCCUGGCUGCCCUCUUCAUGCUGGGACACAGCCUGAGGGUCACGGUCUCCCUGAAGGAGCUGCAGAGUCACUUAGGGGUGCCUCCAGGACGGGGGAACUGCCCCUUGACCAGUCCUCUGCCCUUCGACCUGAUUUACACCGACUACCACGGCCUCCAGCAGAUGAAGCAGCACAUGGGGCUCUCCUUCAAGAAAUACAGGUGCCGCGUGCGGGUCAUCGACACGUUCGGGACGGAGCCGGCGUACAACCACGAGGAGUACGCCACACUGCGCGGCUUCCGCACCAACUGGGGCUACUGGAACCUGCAACCCGCCCAGUUCAUGACCAUGUUCCCUCACACCCCUGACAACUCCUUCAUGGGCUUCGUGUCGGAGGAGCUCAACCAGACAGAGAGGCAGCUCAUCGAGGCCAACAAAGUGAGCAGCAUGGCCGUGGUGUACGGCAAGGAGGCCAGCAUCUGGAAGGGCAAGGAGAAGUUCCUGGCCAUCCUCAACAAGUACAUGGAGAUCCAUGGCACAGUUUAUUACGAGACGCAGAGGCCGCCCGAGGUGCCGGCGUUUGUGAAGAACCACGGGCUGCUGCCCCAGCACGAGUUCCAGCAGCUGCUGAGGAAGGCAAAGCUCUUCAUUGGCUUCGGGUUCCCCUACGAGGGCCCGGCGCCGCUGGAGGCCAUCGCCAACGGCUGCGUGUUCCUGCAGGCGCGCUUCAACCCUCCCCACAGCUCCCUCAACCACGAGUUCUUCCGCGGCAAGCCCACCUCCAGAGAGGUGUCCUCCCAACACCCCUACGCUGAGGACUUCAUUGGGAAGCCCCAUGUGUGGACUGUUGACUACAACAACUCCGAGGAGUUCGAAGCUGCCAUCAAAACCAUCAUGAGGACACAGGUGGACCCUUACCUGCCUUACGAGUACACCUGCGAGGGGAUGCUGGAGCGGAUCCACGCCUACAUUCAGCACCAGGAUUUCUGCGCCGCAUCGUCUCUUCCUCCUCCUCCCAAGACCAAGAGUCCUGCUAUGCAAAGCCCUCCCAGCCCGCUGGCCCUGUCCCCCAACUCCACCCACCUGGUGUGGUCCCCCAGCGCCGGGGAGGCCCCCCAGGCGUGGCCCCCGCUGGCCUCUCUGCAGGUGUGGGUGUCGGAGCCCCAGCACACGUGCACCGAGACGUGCCGGCGGCACGGGCUGGUCUGCGAGCCCUCCUUCUUCAGGUUCCUCAACAAGGAGGAGGUGUUUCUCCAGCUCAGCAUCGCCUGCGACAGCACCGAGUUCGAGAUGAACCACCUGUACCCCGCGGUGGCCGACAGCGUCCGCGAGUGCUACCUCCAGAAGGAGCCGCUGCUCUUCAGCUGCGCCGGCUACAACGCCAAGUACCGGCGCCUCUGCCCCUGCCGCGACUUCCGACCGGGACAGGUGGCCCUGUGCAGGGACUGCUUGUGACACAGCUGUCCCCACCGUGGCCCUGUGCAGGGACUGCUUGUGACACGGGUGUCCCCACGUGGCCCUGUAUGGGGACUGCUUGUGACACGGGUGUCCCCACCGUGGCCCUGUGCAGGGACUGCUUGUGACACGGGUGUCCCCACUGUGGCCCUGUGCAGGGACUGCUUGUGACACAGGUGUCCCCAUUGUGGCCCUGUGCAGGGACUGCUUGUGACACGCGUGUCCCCAUUGUGGCCCUGUGCAGGGACUGCUUGUGACACAGGUGUCCCCAUUGUGGCCCUGUGCAGGGACUGCUUGUGACACGCGUGUCCCCAUUGUGGCCCUGUGCAGGGACUGCUUGUGACACGGGUGUCCCCACCGCGCUGGUGACGCGGGCACUGCGUGGCUUUUCCUCGGAGCGCUGCGGCUGCCUGGCAGCUGGGACAGGCCCCUCCCGGUGGGCCAGCCAGGGCUGUCGGACUCUGGGGGUUGUUUUGUCCUCCUGCCAGCUGUGAACGGCCGUGUCCUGGACUUUGGAGUCGUUUUCUUCCCGAGGAGUGUUUGUCUGACCGCAUCCGAACCUGCCUGGACCAGGAUGGGGUGGUGGGGUGAGAGAGGUUCCCUCCUCUGGCAAUGGGACAAGCCACCAGCAGACUGCAGUUUCAGGGUUUUCCUCCUCUUCAAGCAUCUCAAGUUGGUUUAUUUAUUGAUUUUUUUUUUUUUUUUAACCCUCCCCCUGACAAGUGGUAAAUUAAAGGGAA